UUAAAUAGUGAUACGCGUUUGUUAUUUCUGAGGUUAUUACAAGAAUGAGAUUUAAAAGAGUCUGGACAUGACGUAGGACCUGUGGGCCUCUCUCUCAACGUGAAAGAUAUUUCUUGUAAUUAGCGUCAUAUUUGAUUCCGUCAAAACUAGAAGUAGUGACAUAACGAUGGAAGCUAGAACAGAACAAAAGAAUGUAAAAAAUACUGCAGUAAGGGAAAAAACUGAGAUUUCAUCUGCAAUAAAACAAAAUGUAACAUCGUCACCUAUUUCAUCGCAUCACAUAGCUAAGGAAUUGAAAAUAAAAAACCGUCUAAUGCCGAAAAUUGAUAUAAAAGACAUAUCAGCGGAAAACAAUAAUUCACCUUAUAUAUCGACUACCAGGCGGCCGCUUAUGAGAAACCAGAAGUUUACCUCUAAGCCCCAUGCAGUUCAUUACAUACACUCUCGAACUCAAACUAAUUUUAGCAAAAGAAGGAAUUUAAAUGCAAAGAAUCGCUUGAAAUCCCAAAUUAAGAACGAAAAUACACUAAAUACAGCUUUAAACUCAGAGAGUGGUGAAGAUAGAUUCAUAAAUUUCACAGAUAUUGGAGCUAUGGAUGAAGUAAGGCAGACUAAAAGAAAAGUUAGUAAACAAAGACCGUUAAAUAGACGACGAGGAUAUCCUCUAGCAACUGCAGCCUCACAACAAUUUAAAAGUAUCGCCAUCAAUACUUUACUCAAUACUGACAAAGUCCGAUCAAAAUCUAAACUAGCGAUCCUCGAAUCUCUUGAAAAGAUUAGAAGAAUUCGACCUGGAUUGAAAGAAAAAGCCAUAACAAGCAGAGAUUCUGUUUCAACUAAAAUAAAAAAUAAUAUGAGUUCUAUUACUACACAGGAUACAGAAAAAAAUAAAAUUAUCACGGUUACCACUUCAAAAAAAUCAAUUUCUCCUGUAAAUACAACAGAAAAACCUAUUUAUUUUGCUAAAGUAGAGGAAUCAUUGGCUAAUCUAGAAACUACAACAGAAAUCUUAAAUGAUUCAGUAACUAUAACACAAAAAAAUAUUACAUCUAUUACCAAUAUCGAAACAUUACAUUCGAAAAACAAAACAGAUACCCCAUUCUAUUCAAUGAAAAUUGAAAAUAAAGAUGAUUCUCAAAUUAAAGAAAAAAAAGCAGAAGUUGUUGCAAAUACAGUGGAUAAGUUGUUUGACAACAAAACAGAAAAGCUUCUCAAUUCUGCUACGACAAACGGAAAUGUAAAUAAUACAGAGCAAUGGAUUCAUUUUAUCACUGCAACUGAACAAUUCCAUGGUUCUGUAAAUAAAACUGUAAAACCGAUUCAUCCUACAGAGAUAAUAAAAGGGCCAGAAAAUUUGGUCUCAGAAACCAUAACGUCGGAACCUCUUAUAAUUGUGACAAGCAAGACUAUAUCUUUGUUUGGCAUGAAUGACACAGUAAAAGCUGUUAAUGACAGUAUUUUUACAUUAGAAGAAGUUAAUCUUAACAAGUUAACGGUUAAAAAGGAAGAAUUAAUAACCGUAACCCCAAUUCCCAAUGAAGAUGAAGUUACAACACCAGAGACAAUAAUACAAGAUAUAGUAUUUAGACGUAAAAGACGGAUCAAUAUAAUAGAGGAAGAGAGAGUGCCAACAACGUCAACGGGGUUCAGAUUUAGUGGACGUGAAACACCUAUAGGUAUUGACUUUACCUAUAGAAAUAUCCAUGCAUAAAAAUAUAGUUCAAAUAUAAAACUUAAAAUUAUUGUUAUCCUUGUGAUU